CCAUUUUACGCGAACUCCGCCAGUUGUCCGCUCGCAAACGCCGCAAACACCCACGACAAUGACAAAAAAACGUACAUUUCCAUGAGUUUCAAGUUAAUAAAAGUUACAAUUUUCAGUGCAAUGUUUUCAGUGCCCCAACAACAACAACAACAAAGUUACUACAAACAUUGUUGAUUAGAAUUUAAGGACUUUAAUGCUUAAUGCAUACAUGUGUGUAUAUAUAAAUUGAAAAAUGAAGUUUUCUACAUGGUUUCUAUAAGAAUAUAAGUGAUGAUUAAAGCGCGAAGGACGACCAAAACGGGAGUCGUCUUCCUCCUGACCGUGAUAACAACCACCACGCUUUUGGCUAUAUACAAUCAGGCCGUUCCGCCUUCCCAUCAAGUCAUCUCCAUCGACGAAGACGACUCUCCGAACUUUGAUUACGGCCACUACGACGCUGCGAAUUGGAGGAACUUGAGCAAAGAUAAGAUUCAAAGCUUAUCAAAGCUAGGAAGAAUAUUGUACUUGGAUGAGGAGCUUCCUGAGUUGAUACAGACAGCGAAGCAAUUCAAAAUCCUGGUGUGGAAGUACGGAUCCACGAUAAACGAUAGACACAUCAAACGAUACUCGAGCGAAAACCAUGAUCCGUUCGAAUACUGUUCGGUCAAAAAUUGCAUCUUGACGUACGAUGGUGAUCAACUCGCUAACGCCGAUAUAGUUCUGAUCCACUUGCAUCGAACGACUGGUACUAAAGAUUUACCACCCAACGACAAGAGAUCGCCCAACCAAAUAUGGGCCUUCAUGACUGACGAAAGCCCUUUUCACACAUUCCUGCACACCAAAGAGAAUAAAUUCAUCGAAUACAACGGAAUCUUCAAUUGGUCGAUGACCUACAGAAUGGAUUCUGAUAUUCCGGUUCCUUACGGCCGGACAAUAUUGCGUCCUUACGAGGAUCCCAGUAAAGAAUUCGAUCUCUACAAGUGGUUCCUUUCGAAGAGGCACGACGUGCUGGUAGCAAUAAUGGGUUCCAAUUGCGGAUCCAAGAAUCACAGAUGGGAAUACGUGAAGCAAUUGCAGAAUCACAUGUCCGUCGACGUGUACGGCGCUUGCGGAACUCUAAAAUGUAUGGGGCACUUCAGGAUGGAUUGUCCGGACAUCAACAGAUACAUGUUUUACCUGUCGUUCGAGAAUUCCAAUUGCGACGAGUAUGUAACAGAGAAGCUGUGGUGGAACGCCUACGCGAAGAACGCGAUUCCCAUUGUCAUGGGUGCCCCGAAGGAUAACUACACUUCGUUGCUUCCGCCCAAUUCAUUCAUAAACGUGGACGAUUUCGCCACUCCCCGAGACUUGGCCACUUACUUGAAUUACUUGUUCAACACGCCCAGCGAAUUCAGGCGAUUCUUCCGAUGGCGCAAACAUUUCCAAGUCCUCAACGAGCACGGCUACUUCCAGAGUCUCUCCUACCAUUAUUGCAGGGUCUGCGAAGCGAUGAACUACAACAAGAAGCAACCGAAGGUCUACAAGGAUCUGCAAAAGUUCUGGAGCGUCGACUCGAACUGCUACCCGGCUUGGGACAAAAUCUACGACUGAAUCCUUUUGUAUACAAUAUGUACAAACAAAAAAUUAAUUUAUUUAUACCCAAAACGUUGAUCUACUUUUAUUUUAUUUUACUGUAAAUAAAUUGACAAAACGAUUUUUACGAAAAAAAAAAUGUCAGACGCCGGUGUGCAGCAACCCGAAAACCCCGAAUUAGAGGUGAAAUAUUUGGGGGAUGAAGCAAUUUAUUUCUACACAAAACCCAAGAAGGGCAGAAGCAAAGUCCCACCGCCGACUCCAUCCUACGACAUGGAUUUCGAGCGGAACUUGGAGAUCCCGGUGAUAAACGUCGGUCAAAUAGAUGAAAUCCCUGAAGUGCAAGAAGAGGGCAUCAAGUUCACCAUAGAAAAUCUAGGUAGACGAUUGGGAUGCGACAACUACGAAUACGAUUUGAUACAGUUCUGGUUCCUCGACAUACUCACCGACUGCAUGUGGAAAGCCCAAGACAUCUUCCAAUUCACAUCCAUCGAGCAGAAAAUCAUCCUCAAAUGGGUGACCGAAAUCUUCAAGAUUAUAGCCGGUUAUUAAACAAA